AUGAGAGAUAGAAAGUUGAUUAAAUUAGACGAGAUCAGACAGAAGUUAGGCAAAAAUAUUGAAAUUUUGUCCAAGCAGAAACGAUUUUUGAUCAUCAAAUAUCCUUGCACGUCUUCUUUCCGUUAUCGAUACUUGCCAGCAGCAGAUGCUCUGUUUAAUCAGAAAUGUAGUGUGAAUUUUGAAAAAGGCGACUCUAUUCCUAAGGAUCAACAUGAUAUUCCCAAUGAACAGAGAAAGUUAGCAGGACGUCCUUCUGGAGUUGCUGGACAAAAUGGCAGAGCUGCUGCCAGAAAAUAUCGAACCUUACCUGUUCGUCGUAUGCAUAAAAAAUUAGAAGAAUAUUUCUCGGAUGACAUCAUGAUAUUGAGACAAAAAGAUAGAGCUAAUAUGAUCGUAACAGGGAAACCUGUUGCCAAUAUAAUUUGUGAUUAUCAGCGACAAAAUAAGUGUUCAGAAAAUCUAGAUGCUGAAAAAUUUCGGAUAGUUGAAGCAAUAGCUAAACUGAUUAAGAAUUUAAUCAAGUUGAUGAGAACAUCCUUAGAGUUUUAUCCUUCACCAGAAGAAAUAAGUUCCGAGCAGGAAAAUAAUAAGCUUUUACCCGACAUUUUGAAAACAUUCUUGGAUAUAAUAAUCAACAAAAAAUCCUCAAGUUUGGAGAAAAAUUCAAUUGAACAGGCACUAAUGCAAGCUGCAAGGCAACGAUCUCUAUCAUAA